AUGGUCAUGGUCCCCUUCGAACUCCUGCUGCUCUCAGCGCUGGCAACCUCGCCAUUCACCUUGGCCUCAGCCCAGCCAAUCGCAAGCGAUGCUCCAUCAAUAAACGACAUCCCGUUACUACACCCCCCGGGACAACAACAACCUCUCACACCAGACGACCUCCCAAAGCAACAACCAAUCUCAUCACACGACUCCGCAUCGUCAUACAGAUGCUACAACGGCGACCCCAAAGCCUACCCUCCCUCCUCCCAAUGGCUCUCCUACUCCACCCUCUGGGACCUCAACCGAGAAACCAUACUCUCCGCCAACGGCGGCGACGUCUACCUCCAACACUACAUCCAAGUCGCCCUCGAAGAAGUCUCCUCUUCCUACGACAUCGACCCGCGCUUCCUCCUCGCCAUCCUCCUGCAAGAAUCCAAAGGCGACGUCCAAACCCCAUGCAUCGGCCCCGAACCCCGCUGCGGCCUGCUCCACGCCUACAAAGGCUCCAUCUUCAACGCCGCAUCCCCGCAAGCGUCCAUCACCAAGAUGCUCGAGGAAGGCAUCAAAGGCGCCGCGCAACGCGGGCCGGGUCUGCUGGACUUACUCAACGGCAAGCCCAAAUUCGCCAACGUCGACGUGGGCGAUUACUUCGCCGUGGCUCGCGCGUGGAACUCGGGCGCGGUGAAGGAGGGCGAUUUGGAUGUCUUGCCACCCGGGAAGGGCAGGGGAAGGGGCGAGGCGGGGUUCGUGAAUGAUGUUGCGAAUCGGUUGAUGGGGUGGAAUGGACGCGGGAAGGGGUUUGGUGCUUGUCGGGGGGAGGAGGGCAGGAAGAGGGAUGCGCAGAUGGAGUGGUAUUAUCCGUCGUUUUUGGCGGACUUGUAA